UCAGUGGGUUCCACAGGACACAGUACUUGGUCUCCAGUUACUUUCAAUAAAUAUUAAUGAUUUAGUUUUGAAUUCAAAAGCAUAUUAAGAAGUCUGCAGAUGACACAAAAAUUGGCCACAUGGUUGAUGGUGAGAAGAAAAAGCUAUCGGUGCUCAAAGGUCAAGAUGAGGGGCCUGUAUUGCCAAUUCGCAGAAUCUAAUGAAGAUAUCAAGUUUGUAUUUCAAGAUAAGGAACCUCCUCCUAGUGUAUAUGAUCAUUAUGUCAAAAUACAGGUUAAAGUUUGUGCACUCAGCCCUGUGAACACCAAGCUGCUGGCUGAGUUAAAAGUGCAGAAAAAUUUCUUACCAAUUGGAAGAGAAGUUGCUGGCAUAGUAAUUGAAGUUGGACCAAAAGUGAGUUUCUUUAAGCCAAAUGAUGAAGUGGUUGGUAUUCUUCCCUUGGAUUGCACAGAGUCUGGGCUCUCAGAUACAUUGUUGGUUCAUGAACAUAGUCUUGUACCUAAACCAGAAAAUGUGAGCUGGGUGGAUGCUGCAGGGACCAUUCGUGAUGGAUUACGAGCAUAUAUGGCCCUGCAUACACUCUCCCAUGUUAGUGCUGAAACAACGGUCCUAGUAAUCGACGGAGCAAAUCCAUUUGGUACUAUUGUUAUUCAACUGGCUCAUCACAGAGGUGCAAAACUAAUUUCUACUGUGCACAACAAUGAGGACAAAAAGUACUUGGAAGGAUUAAGGCCAACAGUUGGCAUUCGCCAACCUUUGGUAGCCGGGGUGAUCAAUUUGUCUGACAGCAAGGUUGACCUUGUUGACAGCUGUUUGGAAGAAACAGGUGGCCUAGGCGUGAACAUUGUGGUGGACUGUGGAGUGCAGCUCUACAGCAAGGAAGAUGAGUUUGCUGCCAAAAAACAUCUCCCACAUAAACAUGACAUCAUCAGUCUUCUAGCUGUUGCAGGUCACUGGAUAACAACAGAAGAGGAUCUACAGCUGGAUCCGCCUGACAGUCGACUUCUGUUUUGCAAAGGAGCAAGUAUUUCAUUUCUGAAUGAGGAAGUGUGGCAGCUAUCAUAUAUGCAACAAGGGAAGUAUCUGCAUAUUUUGAAGGACGUGAUGGAGAAGCUAUCCAUUGCAACAUUCAGGCCUCAGUUGGAUGAACCCAUUCCAAUAUAUGAAGCCACUGUUGCCAUGGAGAUGGUUCAGAAGAACCAAGUCAGAAAAAAACAAGUCGUUCAGCUCUGAAAUGCUGUCAUGAUAACCAAUUC